UUGGAUGCUGAUAACUAUGAGACUGAUCCAUGUCUGAAAGAGAUUCGGAGAGCAGAAAAUUAUUCUUGGAUGGAUAUAGUAACCAUACAUAAAGACAAGCUUCCAAAUUACGAGGACAAGAUAAAAACAUUUUAUGAAGAACAUUUACACCUAGACGAUGAAAUUCGCUACAUCUUAGAUGGAUCUGGCUAUUUUGAUGUUCGAGACAAGGAUGACAAAUGGAUCCGGAUUUCCAUGCAAAAAGGAGACAUGAUAACCCUCCCUGCCGGCAUAUAUCACCGAUUUACACUGGAUGAGAACAAUUACGUGAAGGCAAUGAGGCUAUUCGUUGGAGAACCCGUCUGGACAGCAUACAACAGGCCAGCUGAUGAUUUUCCUGCUCGGAAACAGUAUAUGAAGUUUUUGGCUGAAGAAGCACAGUAAUGGUGUCUGAGACCUGACAGGUGGAACAGUCUGAAGCCCUGUCAGAAUAAAUGUGACUGGUAGCUUUUCACUGAUCAGAGUUCUUCUAUUUACAUAUACACUUAGAAUCACAGAAUCAUAGAAAAAUUUAGGUUGAAAGGUCAUUUGGAGGUCAUCUAGUCCAACCCCCUACAAAGUACCAGGUCAACUUCAAAGCUAGACCAAGUUCCUCAAGACCUUGAGGUUUGGAAACCACCUGUGAUGGAGGUUCCUUCCACAGCCUGUCUGGGUGCCCGUUCCAGCACU